UGUUUCUCAGAAUUUAAUGCCGCGAAUUUAUUAAAAAUUACAAUAGUACUGUCAGAUGAUUACAAACAUCUUGAUAACCAUACUUUCAUUGUGUGUCAGUUUAGUACUACGAUAUUAAUAUUACUGGUUUAUGCAAGAAUUAUUGAAUAGAAAUGAGGUUAGGUAGAGUAUCAGACCUACCUUUCACACGUGGAAGCGAAUGUAAGGGUGGGAUCAGAAACAAUGCAAUGAUGCAAGAACAUGGAAUCCUGCAGUGGCACACCGACAUCAUCAGAAACUGGUGUUGCUGCCACCGUCACUUCUACCAGCACUACAGCCACCGCUACCACCAAUGUCUCAUUGAGCAAUGGAGGUGCCCAUGGGGAGGAAGAUGAGGACUCCAACUUUGAUCGUCUGACUCAAAUGUUGCCAGAAUGUUUUGUUAGUGUCAAACUUGAAAAUAACGAAGACACUUGUUCUGCAGAGAUAUCUACUAACACGGUAUCGCCUAUACAGGACACCGUACGUAAAGGAACUUCGUCAGGGUGUCCUGAAGUUUUAAGUGAGCCGGCACCUUCUAAAUCAGUAUCGCUGGACAUGCAGAACUCUCAGCACACGACUGGAACUGGAAGUCGAGUGGCUCCUUGUUUUCACCACAGGGGAACAAUGGGGUGCUCUGCGAUACCAGAAAUGCCUCCCUGGCUUCAGCAAUGUUACACCACAGGGCAGAUAUCUGGCAGUGACAGCUGUCAGCAAGGACCUCAGCACUUCCACCAAUCUGCAAUGUAUUUCAGUCAUGAAGGCCCUAUCAUUCAAGGAGACAGGUCUUUGAAGUCUGGAGGAGGAAUUUCUCGUAUAGAUACGACUCCUGCUGGAAUUGGUGGCCUUUCAAAUGGUGACAUUUGUGAUUCAAACACCUUCCUCAACUAUGUUUUGAACCAGCAAAGGUCAAGUGGUAUUUUCUUGUUUGACCCCAUCCGUACCCUUCAUCCAAAUGAACCCAGCACCGAAACAUCUGAGCAUGAAAGUAAUACGAACACAGAGUCUACCAAGCAUCAGAAUCUCAACCACAAACACACGAGUGAUGCCUCGGUUAAACGUAAUAACUCACCGCCAUCUUCCAUCGCUCCGGUCGAGGGUAAUCCCUCGCGCCGUGAUGCUGCCACCAAUACUGUCUCGAAAUAUGCGCAAACAAUUCCGUUACUUCCCCUUAAUUCCGAUGCAAAGACCAACGUGGGUGACCACUUGGAUGAUGGCGAUAUACCCAUGACUCGAAUUCAGUCCAAGGCAUGCCACUUACGCCAUUGUACCAAAUGUAUCAUGUCAAAAAUAAGUCACAUGUGUCAUGACGAGAGAACGUUGCAAGCACAAGAUGAAAGUGGAGGCCAGAGCUUAACUGCAAACUUUACUGUUAGUGGUGCUUGUCAGAAAAUUAUAAACAUGAGGAAUUGCUCUACUGUGGGCUGUGGUAAUCAUAUUGCAGAUGCUAAAGCUGAAAGUGGGAAGGUACAGACUAAUUUUGUUGUCAUAAGUACAGAUGGCAGCAGUGACAUAAGCCCUCAACAGGGGCAACAGUGUAACCAUGGAUCUUGUUCUUGUUUGGCGGAGAAUACUCGUAAUCUUACGGGCCAUGCUGUAAAGACUGAAGACUUGUCAGCUCAUAACUUCGGUGGUACAGACAGUAACGGCAAAUUUGGAAACAUGCAAUUAGGCCACGGAGUUGUUACCGACUGCAAAUGUAUGAAUGAUUGCAGUAGUAUGUGCAUUAAGGAUAAUCGUAGAUUGCAUUACGUUGAUAUUGAUAGGCCGUUUACUUGUGAAAUAUGUUUCAAGAACUAUCCUACAAGCACUGCACUGAUGAACCAUAUGAGGUACCAUCGUGGACAACGACCAUAUCAGUGUGAAGUCUGCAACAAGGCUUUUGCAACAAAUUCUCAUCUCGUCACUCACCGCAGAGUUCAUACAGGUGAACGACCAUUUCAAUGUAGGCUGUGCAGACGCAGCUUUGCUGACCGGUCUGCAUAUGUCAAGCAUGAACGUACUCACGGCCCAAAUGGAACGAUAAUCAAGCGAUACAAAUGUGAUGAAUGUGGUAAUUCAUUUGUGGAUUCUUGUGGUUUGAAGAAACAUGUUCGGAUACAUACUGGCGAGAGACCGUACUGUUGUUCAGUGUGUCAGAAAACAUUUUCAACUAGUUCAACUUUUGUUGCCCACAAGAGGAUUCAUAGUGGAGAAAGACCAUACAAGUGUGAAAACUGUGACAAAAUGUUCAUUACCAAGUCUCACCUCUUGACUCACCGACGGACACACACGGGUGAAAAACCUUUCAGCUGCCAGGUGUGUAACAGGGCAUUUGCGGAUGGUUCAAGUUUUCGCCGUCACGAGCGUCUCCAUACAGGUGAGAAUAGGCAUACUUGUGAUAUCUGUGGUAAGGGCUUCCCAUUUGACACGUCAUUGGCCAAACAUAAACAGAGCCACAUACCUGGCACGCCAACAUAUGUAUAUAUGGUAUGAAUUAUUUGCUGGCUAUUUGUACAGUCUUUUGGACUUGAAAGAUUUUCUUUUCAGAAAUUCAUCGUAUGUAGGGAUCAUUGCAUAUUAGAAAUCAUGGCUAGUGAAUGUAAUCUCAGUGAAGCUCUUAUUUAGGUAUAUAGGAAUACUUUUCUUUUUGUUGUCGGUAUUUGGCAGAAACUAUUUCCGUGGGUAUCUGUUUAACUUACUGAAGGACGUGUCUUACUGAUGAACACCUGGAGGGAUGUUUAUGAUUUACGGUAACAGAAAUUAACCUUAUAUUGAAAGAUUACUCAAUAUAAGCAGUGUUUUAUUUAUAAUUUAGACAACUGAUGAAGUCCAAGAAAGAUUGUAAUGCACCAUUGUCAGAAACGUUCAGAUAUCACCCUGAUUUAGAUUAUUUAACAGUAGAGUAAAAUGUAUGUAUAUCCAAAGCUUUGUAUGUGAUGGUACUGUUAUGUUUGAAUUUUCAUCAAAUUAGAAUGUUUAAGGACAACCAAAAUCAGUAAUUCACAUUCAUCGCCCUGAUGACGGAGGGAGUAUGUCCUCUGAAACGUUGGUUAACAUCGACCAGUCUACACGGCGCAACAACCCAGAAGACAGAAAUCUUCAUACUCACCGCUGUGAGAACCUCAAGUCUUAAAACUCUGAAUUAGCUUUUGUUUUGCUAUAACUAGUGAGUUCAGCAUAUUCUGUACCAAACUAUGCAGCAAAAAUGUUCAAUAGACAUUCAAAAAUAAAAUUUUAAUUCAAAAUUCAUUCUGGGUUUACAUAUAAUUAGAAACUGGAAAUUGAAGUACCAACUGCACAGUGUAAAAAGUGAGAAGAGAAAUAAAUACAAGUUUUUAAAAGCUAAUAAAAUUCAUAUAGAUAAUAAGUAAUGUAAUAUUACACAGUAAAGACAAGUAAUGGUCAACAUAGAAACAUUGUGUAAUGUAAGGUUUAGAAUAAUAAUCAUAUAGAUAUUAAAAUGUUCCUUUUACCUCAUGAGAAGUGAACAUGUGAUGAAUCUGAUAAGGCAUAAUGCUCUGGUCAACUUUUUUUACCACUAUAAACCAGAAGUGCUGUAAUCUGCUGGCAGAACCUGGGAAGUACAUUGUGAUUUUUUUUUUUCAACCACAGUGUGUUUUGAGGGAAAGCUGUUAACACUAAAGUUGAAACAGAAUAUUACAAUGAAUUUUAUAUAUAGUGGUUGAAAAAUGAACCACAAGUUGUUAAUGGGUUAAAUUAUUAUUGAAAAGCUGAAAAGGUAUGAUUCACCAGGUACUGAUAAAGUUUUAGACAAAUUUAUUGAAGCAUGAGGCAAAAUAUUUUCUGCAAUGCAGAAACUUGUUAAUUUUAUGUGUAAUAAAGAAGAAUAAGUGCAGAAGUAGAUGUAAUAUUUUAUUAUACCUAUAAAAGAAACUGGAACAUAUUGGGAUCCAAUUUCAAUUCCCAAUUUUAAUAAAAAUAAUAACAAUACAUGAACAUGUGUGUUAGGUUAGGUUCCUGCUUUAUUGAUUCAUUUGUUGGAAACUGAUUAUUGUGAGAACAGCAUAAGUGUUCAUAAAACAAAAUGUCUGUUAUUGUACUUAAAAGACUUUAUAAAUAACUUGUUUGUAAUGUGUUCUAUAAGUAAUGUAAAUCCUUAGCCCUGUUGUAUAAUGCAUUUAGCUCUGUGCUAAAUGUAUUAAACUCAUUUGCAUAUAGUAAUGUGAUUGAAAACCAGUUGAGUUGCAUUUUUGUUGUUGUCAUGAAGCUGCCAUGUUGUAGUUUUUACAUUGUACAAGAGAAUUAAAAAAAGUGAAGUUGUAUAUAUUUAAAUGAUGUGUUGCUGUACAUCAUUUCAGGACUGUAUUAAGUAAUGCUGGUAUGUCUGCCAUUGCCAUGUUAGUAUUUUCAAUCAUAAGAUAUUAAAAAAAUAUGAAUUUUGGAUAGCCUCUAAUGGCAUAACAUCCAUACCAUAUUUCAUAAAAUCUUUCAGUCAGUUACUGAUUUGAAACGUGCAGUCAGAUUGACAAAAUCAGCACUUUAUGUAUUCGUUUGAUGUAAAUUGUGCAGAAAACGCAUAAAAGGGUUGAUAAAACUGAUUAGAAUCAUAAUUGGAGAAUAUCUCUCUUCCAGCCUUCUCUUGGUGAUGUUAACACUAUCUGGUUUAUAACUUGAUGCCCAUAGAUCAGUUACUGAUCACAUUUUCUGUGUUUGUCAGAUAGAGAAGAAAAAUUAUAAGUGCAAUUGGACAAUACAUCUAUUAUUUACAGACAUCUAGAAAGCCUGGGAAUCAAGAGAGAAAUAUUGUACAACAUUCUCAUCCAGUUUGGUAUAUUGAAAAAACUAGUUAGGCUAAUCAAAGUAUGUUUAAACAAAACUGGUAGUAAACAGGUUAACAUUCAUUUGAUACAUUUUCUAUUCAGAAUGGUGUGAAACAUGGAGAUACUUUAUCACCACUGCUUUUUAACAUCACUUUGGGAUAUGCCAUUAAGAAGGUGAGGAAAAUCAGGUGAGAUUAUAGUCAAAUGGAACACAUCAACCACUGGAGUAUGCUGGUGAUGGAGCAUUAAAUAAGAAUACAGAAAAUCUGCUUGGUCUAGAAAGAAACGCAGAAAAGAACAAGUAUACCAUUAUGUCUUGUCGCCAGAGUGUGGGACAAAUUCAUAAUAUAAGUGUGUGCAGUACGCGACUGUAAUCUUGAGACUUGCAAGGAAUGCAGGAAGUCCGAAGCAUUAAAGGCAGACGCUAUCUUUCCUCCUUCACCCCACUUCCUCACCCCGCAAGUCUCAAGAUUACAGUCGCGGACUAUAUAAUCCUUUUAAUAUAUGAUGACUCCCCUGAGGGUGGUCAUAUGAGACCAAAACAUCCAGAGAUGAAUGGUAAAUGUUGUAUUUGAUGGUGCUAAUACAUUUAAAUAUUAGUUACUUAAAUUGUAUUGCAUUUCCACUGACUUUGUUAACAUAUUCCUCGAAAAUUAUACUCAGCUUACUCACAUCACUGAUAACGUUGGCUAUUCACAUAUAAUGCUUACAUUGUCACCCAUAUUAUUAGUCAUGGUGUAUGUAUAUAUUUCAGAUAAUGUGUGUGUAUAUUAAAAAUAAAGUAAUCUACACAUAUUUUAAGUG